AUGUCGAGUCAGUCAACAGAAGAGAGGCUCAACCUCAUCAAGGAGAACCUCGCCGAGGUUCUCAAUCCCGAGAUCAUCGAGUCCAUUCUGGCCGAGGGCAAAAACCCCAAAAUCUAUUGGGGUACUGCUACAACUGGGCGCCCUCACUGUGGUUAUUUCGUGCCCGCCGUUAAGAUCGCCCAGUACCUCGCUGCUGGCUGCGAAGUCACUGUGUUGCUUGCCGACAUCCAUGGCUUCCUCGAUAACCUGAAGGCCCCGAUUGAGCUCGUGGAGAAGCGCGCCGAAUACUACAAAUUCGUUAUCACUGAAAUGCUCAAGGCCUGCGGAGUCCCUACCGAUCAGCUGCGUUUCGUCCUUGGAAGCUCCUAUCAAAAAACCGCCGACUAUGUGAUGGAUCUUUACAAGCUCGCCUCGGUGGUGUCCGAGCACGAUGCCAAGAAGGCUGGUGCCGAGGUCGUCAAGCAGACUGGCAAUGCGCCUCUAAGUGGUCUUAUGUACCCUCUACUACAGGUGUUGGAUGAGCAGUAUCUCGAUUGCGAUGUUCAGUUUGGUGGCGUCGAUCAGAGAAAGCUUUUCACAGCUGCCACUGAAUGGUUGCCCAAGCUCGGAUACCGAAAGCGUGCCCAUCUCAUGAACCCCAUGGUUGCUGGCUUGAACGGAAACAAGAUGAGCUCAAGCGAUGAGAAUAGCAAGAUCGACCUCCUUGACCCCCCUGACGUUGUGGCCAAGAAGAUUCGCAAGGCAGAGUGUGUCCCCAAGGAGGUUGAGGGCAACGGUGUACUUGCACUUGUGGAGUACGUCUUGCUACCAGUUUCUGGCUUGAAGGCUGGUUCUCGAUCGUUCAAGGUCGAGAGACGUGAAGGCGAACCCCUGAUCUACAGCGAUAUCCAGAAGGUUCACGAUGAUUACCGAAACGAUGUGUUGACACCCCAAGACCUGAAGGCUGCUGUGACUAAGGGAUUCCACGAGCUUAUGAGCCCUAUCCAGGCUGAAUUCGAGGCCUCGAAAGAGUGGCAGGAGGUCACACUGAAGGCCUACCCCCCACCCGUCAAGAAGGAAAAGAAGGUCAAGAACAGGGGCACCCGAUUCCCCGGAGCCAAGGGCGGUGACAAUGCCGAGGCCGAAGUGACAAAGAAAGCCGAAGACUUGACAAUCAAAGACGUACAGGCGACUGAGGCCAACCCUACAGCAUAA